AAGAAACAGCUGAUCAUUGAGUUGUUGCCUUGUUGGUCUGUGGUCUAUCCUUUAAAAAAUUAGUUUAUAUGAUAUAAUCACAUUUAAAUUUUAUUAUUCAGAUGGGCUGCGUUUUGAGCCAUGACCAGCAGCCUGGAAAAAGUGUCCAAGUUCCUGGAGGCUCUGAAGGCAUCGCAUAGCAGCAGCGGUGAUGGUAGCUCUGGGGGCACAGGUCCGGGCUUGGGCCAGACUGUGCUGGCCUUCCCAAGCUCCACUGAACAGUUCUUUGAACAGACAGCUGCUGUGGCCUCGUCCAUCUCUCAGCAAGGUCAAACGUUCCUUAGCAAGCGAGAGCCUGGCCUAAGCAAGCGGGACCGCAUGAGCCACUGCCAGGUGUCGGUAGACGCGGUGCUCGCCGCCUUCAGUAGCAAGACCCGGGGCUCCUCGGCCCCUGAGAGCCUCAGCAAGACGCAGGACAGCGCCAGACUCCUCAGCCUGACGGUGGAGACGCUGCUACUGCUGGUGGAUGAUGAGCAACCUGACGUCAGGAUGACGGCUGAUGAGGGUCUCAAUAGGAUCACGAGGGGCGUGCCAGCUGCCCAGACAGCUAAGGUGUUCGUCGAACAAAUGAAGGAGAAGAAGAAUGGCUCGGCGCGCGUCAUUCGUGCUGCUCUCGCCAGGUUCGCUGUUCUUGCCAAGCAAAUAAGAGUGCAGAAGGGCCGGGCCUACAUGCAGACGCUAGUGCCGCUGCUGUGCAGCUUCUCACAGCGCCCUGAGGAGAACCUACACGAGAGCCUAGCUACAGCCGUCACUAGUGUCUGCUCAGCCCUCGGACACUUCGCUUCUGACAACGAGCUGAAACUUCUGCUCACAGCUUACCAGCCUAACCUCGCUCACAAGUCUAAUAUCAUCCGUAGGGCCGCUGCUCAGAUACUAGUGGCCAUUUGCAGACACUGUCGCAAGCCCAACCUGUUCCUAGGACUGCUGGUCGCCUUGCUGCUCAAGAUGCUGGUGCCUCUGCCUAGAUCUCAGUGUCUGGUGCUCGGGGGGCUGUCGUGUCUGCGGCUGCUGGCCCCCCACCUCGCCUCCAUCUGCCCCCCCUCCAGCGACGACCCCAGCGCGCCCCCUCCCUCUGACUCCCACUGCUACUCCGUCUCGCUCCCCCAACUGCUCACGGUAUACCAGCUGGCAGUGCAUCACAGCAGCAGUGUGCACCACAACACCGCCACCGCAGGGCUGGAGCUGCUCAGGGCUCUGCUGCAGUACGCCCCUGGGGCCCUCGUGGUGGCCCUGGUUACUCCUGGCGGAGUCCCUCAGUGCUACCUCCCUCUGGAUGCUGCAGCUCCUGAAGAUGCUACUGUUGCGGGUGCUGCUGCUGCUGAGGUUGGAGGUCGCCUGGUGGGGGCCAUGGGUGACGAUGAUGCCACUAGCCUGGAGCCCGACACCCCCUCGUCUGGGGGAAUGCUGCUCGCCCACACGUCCCUGGAAGACGAUGGAGGUGGUGGCUGUGACGAAGACGACUUGGUUGUGACAGGCGACGUGUCAGCUGCGACAGGCGACCUGUCACCUGCGGCAGGCAGCGUGUUAGCUGCAGCAGACGACGUGUCAGCUGCGACAGACGACCUGUCAGCUGCGGCAGGCAGCGUGUUAGCUGCAACAGGCGACACGUCAGCUGCGGCAGACGACGUGUCAGCUGCGGCAGACGACGUGUCAGCUGCAACAGGCGACACGUCAGCUGCGGCAGCCGGUGCCAGCUUUUCUUCCGAUCUUUACGCCAGCGUCGAGAUCGGUCAGCUAGCAGAUGAUGAAGAGCUGCACCCUCUACUGCUGGGGAGGAGAGCCCGAACUCCUGCUACCGACGAUCAGGUGGGCCAUGAGGGACGUUCUCAAGCUGUUGAAACUGCUGCCGCUGACUCUGCUUUCGCUGACUCAGCUGCCGCUGAUUAUGUUGCUGCUGACUCUGCUACCGCUGACCUUGAUGACGCUGCUGCAGUCUCCUCUGCAGCUUCCAAAGACUCCUCCAAGAGCUGUGGCGACGUGUGGAGCGUGUGUGGCGCGGACGUGUCGUCAGGCCGGUGGCUGGUUCGGCUGCUGUGUCGACGGUUCCUGCUGGCGGGCCACAGUGGUUCCCUGGUGGGGGGGCGCAGUGUGAGAGUGAGCGCCAGGGUGCUCGCCCUCAACUGCCUCGCCAGCCUCCUCGCCUGGAUGCCUGAACUGCUCGCCGACACCCUCCACGACCAGUGCCUCGACCACCUCG